UUUUAACUGAUCUGAGUCUCCAACUUUCACAAUAUCUCAAAGCCGCCCCCUUAUCUCCGACGAUCUCUCUCUCUCUCUCUCUCUCCCCCACCGCCUCUGAAUCUCGCUUUGCUGCUUCGCCGCACCACUGAGAAGCCAUGGACGUGCCGCCGAUCUUCCAUCUCCCGCAAGACACCCUCCAUCAGAUCUUCUUCAACCUCCCCCUCCGGCAGAUCAUCAGGUGCCGGGCCGUCUGCAAGUUCUUCAACCAGACGCUGAGCACGCCGUCCUUCCUGCACGUCAUCUCCACCCAAACGCCGCCCCUGUGCCUCAUCGCCCUCCGGCCGCCUCACUACCAUCGUCACCACCGCCAUCACCACGUGUCCCCGGAUCCCACCGUCCACGCCUUCGAUCCCGACCAGAACCUGUGGCUCAGAUUUCCGCUCACCUUCCUCCCGUUCACCUCGCCUCAACCCGUCGCGUCGUCGCUCGGACUCGUCUACCUGUGGGCCGAAUCGGCCAAUUCCAUCAAAACCCUCGUGGCUUGCAACCCCUUGACGCGGCAGUAUCGGAUCCUCCCUCAACUCGGCUCGGCCUGGUCGUCCCACGGCUCGGUCCUGGUCGGCCCUCCCAACCGAGUCCUCGUGCUUUGCGAACUCGCCACGUUCUACUUCUCCGGCCACACCAACAACUGGGUCAACUUCUCGUCCAAUUUACCAUCCAAGCCGCGGAGCCCGAUCCUGGUCGCCGACUCUGUGCUGGCCCUCUGCGACGUCGGCUCGCCGUGGCGGAGCCAGUGGAAGCUGUUCUCAUGCACGAUCUCGACACUGCGGACGAGCCAGAAAUGGGCUCGGCUCGAGAAGCACGAGUGGGGCGAGGUGUUCGACAUCCUGAAACGGCCGCGUUUGGUAAGGGGGAACGGGAACAAGGUCCUGAUGGUGGGCGGGUUGAGGUCGUCGUUCUCGCUCAACGCUUCGUGCUCGACGAUUCUGAUCCUGAGGCUGGAUUUGGGCACGAUGGAGUGGGACGAGGCCGGCCAGAUGCCGCCGGAGAUGUUCCGUUGCUUCCAGGAGUCGAGCAAGUUCAAGGUGUUUGGCGGCGGGAACAGGGUCUGUUUCUCGGCGAAGAGGCUUGGGCGGUUGGCCUUGUGGAAUUACUCCGACGAGGCAGGGAAGGGGCUUUGGCGGUGGAUCGACGACGUGCCGGGGUGCGGCGACGGGCUUUGCCGGGGAUACGUGUUCGAAGCUCGGCUCUCGGCCUUGCCUUGAAGGAUUGAUUGGUUGAUGGGUAAUGCUUGUUCGUAAUUUUAUCAUUACAAUUUACAAACUCUGAUGUGUUUUUCCCUCCGUUAUUUACCAUGCCAAUGUUGUUGUAUUCUUAACUAAAUCGAAGAUUGAAUGUGGCUUCCCAUACAGUGUACUUUGAUUGAUUUAGUGGUCGUCUUCUUCGAUUUGCUGCAAAUUUCACUGAAAACGCCACGAUGUAACUUGGCUAGGAGAAGAAGAUGACCAAAUUGAGAGUGAAUGUUUUUGUUGUCAUUUC